AGGGCUCCGCAACUCGCAACUCGCUCGCUAUAAGUUGGAGGUUGUUUUGUCGUGAUUUGCUGUUUUCGCCAGCUGUGGUUGAUAGCGGCAGCAAACUCAAAUUGAUAGGUAGCAUCCACGGAUGGAUCGCCCCUAGAGCCCCGUAGCCUGUAGCAGCGGUAUCUCCUAGCGUUGCAUCAACCUAACCACAGAUGUACGUGCUAAUGCUGCCCUCUGCUUGCUGCUGCUGAUGCUGAUGCUGCACGGUAUCACCGGUAGGUGUAUGUAGGUACCUCUGUCGCAAAUCAACAAACGAACCAAUUUGUCUCGUUGGAGGCGGUGACGGAGGAACUCGUCCUGAAGAGAGCAAUCGGAUCAUGAAUGGAUCCAGAAUUUUAGGGCGAAAAAAGGGCGUGGCCGUGGGGUUCAAGUCCCGUCCAACCAUUAGACUAACAAACCCCCUUGUCGUUGUCAGUGUCACUUUUCGAGGUUGGUCCUGCAGUAGGCUGAAUGUUUGUUUCCCCUUCAGCUUGGCAGCUUCGUUGUUGACGUUGCCUUUUGGAGUGUUCUGCUGCUUCCAGUUGACAAGCUUCCGUCGUACGGUACUGCCGUCGAUAGCACCGUGUACGAAGCCGUGGUGGAAUGGAAUCUCGCAAGUUUCUGAUAUUGGAUCCUCUGUGCCUCUGUUCUCCUCCUCCAAACACCUCACUGUCUGCUGUACGCCAGUUGUGCAGAGUCGAGAUAUUGGAUAUUGGCCGACUUGCGUCCACCUGCGUGCGCCCCCUUUUCGUGUGACUCACCCUUUUUUUUCUUGGACUUCUUCCUCUUCUUGUCUGGAACUGGUCCAACUUCCCUUAUCCGCGGCAACAAUGGAAAUUCAACCCGAAGCCUUGGUUUUCGUCAAAGAGAAAGUGUGCAACCGAAGCACGUCAGGGCAAAAACCAAAGCUAACGGCGGGUACUGACGAAAUCAACAGAACCAGGUAGGAGAGCUCCUUGACCUGCUUGACUUAGGUUCCAAGAGAGAAGCUCUUCCUUGGGAGAAAGCGGAGAAACCUGGAGGUCGAUCCAAGUCCAUGUCCGCAACAGAUUCACGGCAUCGACACAAAGCACGGGAUGUCAUCACUCUGUGGGAUUGCCUCCCAAGCCAAAGGUCACACGGCAUGGUUGAUCAUGGAUGCUUGUCC